AUGACGGAUAUCAAACGUGAUCAAAAUGCAAAGCCUGCUACACUUCGUAGUAAAUCUGCUCAAAAGCGCAAACUCAUCUUUAAGAAUUACAUAUCUUCACCGUAUAAUCUGCAAUGGUCAGUACUGAGCCCUGAAGAUAACCAAUUUAUUUUACAAGAAAUUAUCAGCCAUUCACCCAGCCAGCUACUUCGUAAGACAAGUACCCGUGAUCUUAAAUCUAAGGCGGAUCAACAAGAAAUAUCUACCAAGCCCGAUCAGUUUACUAAAGAAGAUAUUGUUGUUGGAAUCAAUGCAGUUAUACGAACUUUAGAGCAAAAGAAAUUGAGGAUGGCUUUAAUUUGCAAUUCUAUAAGUAGCAAUUUACUACGGCGACAAAUAUUGCUAUUGUGUGCAACCAAUACGAUACAUGCAGCUUGUAUAAGUGAUCUUAGCAAAGAAAUUGCUCCACAUUUUGGUAUUAAUAGUGCAAUCGCAAUUGGAAUUAAGAAAUCGUGUUCACUCACCGGCUGUAUUAAUAAUAUCAUCGAACGGGUACCACAAAUUAAUUACCCUUGGAUUUCUACAUUGGCCAAAGUUUCGACUUCAACACAAAGUAGCAUUUGUAAGACUGUUGAUGUAUCUCAAUCGUUUGAAACGAAAAAUACUCAUUGUACAGAAAAUAACGAGGCAAAUUUGAGUAAUAAGAAUCCCAAUAUUGAUAAUGCAGCCGUUAGUGUCACAAAAGAUCCUAUAUUAAAGACCGAAACUGAACAUAAUUUGUCUCUAUCUAAAUUUUAUAAACCUUUACAUGUAAAAAGGCUACAAUCAACUCCAAAGGGCAAAAAGAAAAAAAAGUGA